CUGAAAGACUGCACCAAAUGCCACUCGGUCUCCUACUGUGGACGCGACUGCCAGAAAGCCGAUAUGAAGAAGCACAAGAAGGUCUGUGCGGCUGCGGCACAGGCCUAUGCGCAGACGGCGAAUGUGAGGCCGGUCACGAGUAGGGCGCCGCCGAAGGAGGGGUUUAGGGGAGGUUUGCAAAAGUGGCAGUUUGAUACGUAG